AUGAAAAGCAAACCUGUUGAAAGUAAAACAGGCCGAAGAGGUACUGAUGGUCAAAUACAGGUUUCCGGACAAAUGAAAGCUAAAACAGGCAUUGAAAGACGUCAAAGCACAAACAAUGUUGGAAAUACUAGAUCAUGGCUACAAGAGGAAAUGGGAAAUCGUAAAGAAGUGCAAACUGUUGAACAGAAAAGACAAUCUGUGCAGAUGGAGAAAAAGAUUCAGAAAAAAUUGUCAAAGGAAGUGUCAAGAUUUAAUAUUAAAGGACAAAAUGUAAAAGAACAGCGGAAUUUAGAUGCAUACAUAGCGAAAUACCCUAACCUUCGGGAGGAUCAAGUAAAAUCAAUUUUUCAAUCAUUUUCGUCACUGGAUGACAAUGGUGAUGGAAAGAUUUCAAGACAAGAAAUUGCAAAGGCUUACAAGCUGUCAGGAUUUGAUCCGGACGAAGACGAACUUAAAGAAAUUAUGAUGGAACAUGACGAAAACGAUGACGGUUACAUAGAUUUCGAUGAGUAUUUUCAUGUGAUGCAAACGAAGAUGACAGAGGAAAACAUAGAAACAGAGAAGUUAAUGGAAUCAUUCAAACUGCUGGACGUAGAUAAUGAUGGCCAUAUUACACGGGAAGAAUUCGCACAAGCACUGUCGGUUACUGGAAGCAAACUAACUAAAAAGCAAAUUGACGAUCUUGUUGACAGGGCGGACUCAAACAAAGAUGGCAAAAUUGACUUCAAUGGUAGGAUUUUUUGA